GUAAGAGUACAGACUGUCGUUAUGUGUGGGGGAAGAAAAUAAGUAGUGGCGACAAAAGGAAAACCUAUUACAAUGACAGAAGAAUCAGCUGUAAAAGUGUGUGUACGUGUUCGACCUCUCAUAGAAAGAGAAGAGGAGUCAACGGACUCAACAGAGCAUGGACAAGUAUUUUGGAAAGCUGAUAAGCAUUCAAUUCAACAACUGGAUGAUGGAAAUCUUUCUAAAAGCUUCAAUUUUGACCGAGUUUUCAAUUCGGAUGAAACAACCGAUCAGCUCUAUCAAGAACUCGCAAAACCUCUUGUGGUCUCCGCUGUCGAAGGAUACAAUGGAACAAUAUUUGCUUAUGGACAAACUUCCUCCGGAAAGACUUUCACUAUGAUGGGGAGCGAUCUUAUUCCAGGAGUAAUACCCUUAGCCAUGGAGGAUGUAUUCCAUACUAUCAAAAAUUGGCCAAAGAAGGAGUUCUUAUUGAGAGUGUCCUACAUGGAAAUCUACAAUGAAACUGUCACAGAUCUGCUAUGUGACAGUUGGAAAAGGAAGCCGUUAGAAAUCCGUGAAGGGAACAAUAAAACUGUUUAUGUGGCAGACCUAACAGAGGAACUGGUGACAUCCCCUAACCAAGCCCUUGCGUGGAUUCGAAAAGGAGAAAAGAACCGUCACUACGGAAAGACUAAGAUGAACCAACGGAGCAGUCGAUCACACACCAUUUUUCGCAUGAUAAUCGAAAGCCGUGAGAGUAGUGACAACUCGUCUGGUGAAAAUGCAGAUGGAGCUAUUAUUGUAUCCCAUCUGAAUCUGGUUGACUUGGCGGGAACUGAGCGGGCCAGCCAGACUGGAGCUGAAGGCACACGCUUCAAGGAGGGAUGUAAUAUCAACCGCAGUCUGUUCACCCUUGGUCAAGUCAUCAAAAAGCUGUCUGAUGAAAGCCAGAGGGGUUUCACCAACUACAGGGACAGCAAGCUGACGCGAAUACUGCAGAACUCCUUGGGUGGAAAUGCGAAAACGGUCAUCAUCUGCACCAUCACCCCAGCAACCAUCGAAGAAACUGUCAGCACCCUUCAGUUUGCCAGCGCAGCGAAGAAGAUGAAGAACGACCCGCACGUCACAGAAGUCUCUGACGAGGGCGCUCUUUUGAAAAGAUACAGGAAUGAAAUUGUGGAUCUCAAACGACGCCUUAAUGAGGUUUCUUCGGGCACUCAAACGACGGAGUCGCUGUCCCAGCUUCUGCAAGAGAAGGAUCAGCUGCAAAGAGAACAACAGGACAGGAUUAAAAAUCUGACCCAACUUCUUGUAACCAGCUCGAACUUUGUUCCAGUCAAAAAGGUUCCAAAACGGAGAGAGACCUGGGGUGGAAAGCUACUGAGGGCUCCACACCCACUUGACUUUAACGUUGGAAAUAUUGGCAGUUAUGUUGAGCCUUUCUUCAAAAAGCGAAAAGCCAGCAUGUUGACAGAGCAGAAUGAAGACGGAGAGGACAUUGAUUUGCGUUGGUAUGUUCCUGAUGAGUCGACUUUUGAUAUGGAGAUGGAUCAAAGCUGCGUGACAAUGCGCAGCCAUUUAGAAAAUGGAUCUCCUCAAAGAGUCAGCGAGUUGUCUGACAAGGUCUCUUGUCUGGAGCAACUGCUUGAAACUGAGAUUCAGCAGAAACAGGACGCCAUGGAAAAGUUCCAGGAUAUGGACAUGAAAAUGGUUGAUCUAGAGCAAAAACUUGAAACUGAGAUCAAGCAGAAACAGGACGCCAUGGAAAAGUUCCAGGAUAUGGACUUGAAAAUGGUUGAUCUUGAGCAAAAACUUGAAACUGAGAUCAAGCAGAAACAGGAGGCCAUGGAAAAGUUGCAGGUUAUGGACAUAAAAGUGGUAGAUCUGGAGAAACGUCUGGAGGAAAAUUCCCAAAUGGCCAACGAAGAUGAGACACAGAUGAAGCGAGAAUUUGGGGAUUCCUUACAAUUGUGUGAGACUCUAAUGGCUGAAAAGGCAAUUACCUCUUCUGAGUGUGAUUAUCUCAAGCAAGAGCUUGGCAUCUUCAUAGAGCAGACAAAGCGCUUGGAGAAAGACAAUUCUGCCCUCCAACAGGAGCUGAAGGCCAGGAAGGAAAUGGAUGAAUUUAAAUCUCUGGAAGAGGAGUGCAAAAAGGAAUACGAGAGAGAACUGCAGAAUGAAAUCUCCACUCUUAAGAAGACCAUGGAGACCUCUGAACUCAAAUGUCAAGAGCUCAAAGCCAGUUUGGAAACCAUGUCAGAAGAGCUCAAGGAGAAGUCCGACUGGGCCGAGGAGCUGCAAAUUCUGAGCGACAAGGACCUGGUCCAGCAGGUGAAGCAGCUGCGGCGCUCUCUGGAUGACGCCGAGGGCCUGAGUCUCGACACCAAGAAGGAAUGGGCCUUUUUACGCAGUGAGAACAUCUCACUCAAGGAGAGGGAUGUGACCCUGACUGCCGACGAUGAGAAGAUGAGAGCGGAGGUGAACAGACUUCGCCAUCAGCUGGAGUCGGAGAAGUCUCGCUUCAAAAAAAUGCAGUCGGACCUCCAACGGGAGUUGCAGGACGUAUUCGACGAGAACACCAAGCUCACCACUCUGCUGGACGGAAAAGUCCCCAGAAAUCUCAUAGAUAGUGUUGAACUUGAAAGAACGGUUUCUGAACUCAAGAAGGAGCUUCAGGCCUGUCGUGAGGAAGAGGGAACCCUGCAAGCUAAGUUGGACCAUCUCGCUGGGCUCCAGGACCUUCCGGAUCAGGUGGACGGUUUGACGAAACAGGUAUGGGACCUGACUGAGAAGCUCUGUGGGGUCCAGGCAGAGAGAGAUGGUUUGGUGUCUGCCAGCGCCGGCCGUGACGAGGAGAUUCUGCGGCUCCAGGAGAGUCUCCAGGCUGGUCAGGAGCAGCUGGAGAGUCUCCAGGCUGACCUUAGCAGCGCGGCGCUGAGGGAGAACAGCCUCGACCUGCAGCUCUCUGAGGCCAACACCCAGCUGGAGAAUCUUCGCGAGGAACUGGAGUGCUCUUUGGCGCACAACAGCCAGCUUUUGACCGUGGAGGAAUCCAACUUGAGACUUGAAGAGAGUCAGAGGCAACAAGCAUCCGUUGAAGAGAAACUCGGGGAAGUUCAAGAGCUUGUGAAAGUCUUGGAGGAGAAGAUUGCGGAUGGAGAAUCUGUCAGCGGUAGAGAGGAACAUUCUGGAAAGAUAUUGGAAGAACAGAUCAAGCAGUUGGGUGAGGAGCUGGAGAGUGUUCGAGAGGAGAGAGACCGUCUCCUGUCUGAGAAGACAGACACUCAACAGAAUCACUCAGAGGAGCUGGAGGAACUGUUCUCUAAAGUGACUUCUCUCACCGAGGAGAGAGACCGUCUCCUGUCUGAGAAGACAGACACUCCUCAGAAUCACUCAGAGGAGCUGGAGGAACUGUUCUCUAAAGUGACUUCUCUCACCGAGGAGAGAGACCGUCUCCUGUCUGAGAAGACAGACACUCCUCAGAAUCACUCAGAGGAGCUGGAGGAACUGUUCUCUAAAGUGACUUCUCUCACCGAGGAGAGAGACCGUCUCCUGUCUGAGAAGACAGACACUCCUCAGAAUCACUCAGAGGAGCUGGAGGAACUGUUCUCUAAAGUGACUUCUCUCACCGAGGAGAGAGACCGUCUCCUGUCUGAGAAGACAGACAGUCCUCAGAAUCACUCAGAGGAGCUGGAGGAACUGCUCUCUAAAGUGACUUCUCUCACCGAGGAGAGAGACCAGCUGCAGGAGAUACUGGAGGGAGUGAGGGAGGAGAGGAACCAAUUUAAGAUGGACAUACAAGAAAAUGUGGAGAUGAUGAUUGAAAAUCAAGAAGAACUAAGGGCAGCCCUCGAGAGGAAUCGCGAACAACAGAAGAGGAUUAAACAGUUGGAGACGGCCCCGAGUCCUCUCCUGAGCAACCUGGGCAGUGAAGACAGCCUGCCGGAGGAGCUGCAGACUCGCAUAAGACAGUUGGGUGAGGAGCUGGAGAGUGUUCGAGAGGAGAGAGACCGUCUCCUGUCUGAGAAGACAGACACUCCUCAGAAUCACUCAGAGGAGCUGGAGGAACUGCUCUCUAAAGUGACUUCUCUCACCGAGGAGAGAGACCAGCUGCAGGAGAUACUGGAGGGAGUGAGGGAGGAGAGGAACCAACUCAAGAGCGACGUAGAGGAGAUGGAGAUGUGUGUGGUGACUAGCUCAUUGAACCGUCAUGGUGAGGACAAUGUCAAACAGCAGCUGUCCUCUGACCAGCAGAACCAGACUUCAGAUAACAGCUCUUUACUGCAAGAGCAGAUGAAGGCUAUUAGCGAGGAGCUGGAGAGUGUUCGAGAGGAGAGAGACCGUCUCCAGUCGGAGAAGACAGACGGUGCUCAGAAUCACUCAAAGGAGCUGGAGGAACUGCUCUCUAAAGUGACUUCUAUCACCGAGGAGAGAGACCAGCUGCAGGAGAUACUGGAGGGAGUGAAGGAGGAGAGGAACCAACUCAAGAAAGACGUAGAGGAGAUGGAGAUGUGUGUGGUGACUAGCUCAUUGAACCGUCAUGGCGAGGACAAUGUCAAACAGCAGCUGUCCUCUGACCAGCAGAACCAGACUUCAGAUAACAGCUCUUUACUGCAAGAGCAGAUGAAGGCUGUUAGCGAGGAGCUGGAGAGUGUUCGAGAGGAGAGAGACCGUCUCCAGUCUGAGAAGACAGACGGUGCUCAGAAUCACUCAGAGGAGCUGGAGGAACUGCUCUCUAAAGUGACUUCUCUCACCAAGGAGAGAGACCAGCUGCAGGAGAUACUGGAGGGAGUGAAGGAGGAGAGAAACCAACUCGAGAAGGAACUAGAGCAGAAUAUAGAGUCUGUUGUGCAGGUCCACGCAGAGCUGAAACAGCAGCAGCAUCUGAACUCUGAACUCCAGAGUGCACGAGAGCAACGAGAGGUUCAGCUCCAGCAGCAGAUCAAGGAUCUGGAAGAGGAGCUAGCCACAGUGCAGGCAGAGAAGAGCCAGCUGAAGACUGACCUGGAGGAGAAUAUGGAGAUGGCCAGGGAGAAUCAGGGACUCUUGUCCUGUCUUCAAGAGGAACACAGGCAGUGCGGCUCUGAUCUCGAGGAGAAGGAGACUCUGCUACGACAACAGACGAAGGAGCUGAGCGAGGAGCUCGAUGGUUUCCGAGUAGAGAGAGACCGCCUCCGGGCCGAGCUGGAGGAGCUGCUCUUCAAAGUGACUUCCAUCACCGAGGAGAGAGACCAGCUGCAGGAGAUACUGGAGGGAGUGAGGGAGGAGAGGAACCAGCUCAAGAGAGACCUUGAGGAGGCAGAGGAAAGAAUGGUCAAGGCCCAGGAGGACUUGAGAGAGCAGCAAGAUCUCCAUAAUGAAGGAGAAGAACGAGAGGUCCAAAUGAAACAGCAGAUAGAGCAGCUGGAGUUGGAGCAGGGGAGUCUGAGAGAGGAGAAGGCAGAGCUCCAGAGAGACCUGCAGGAUAACGUGCACAUGGUUCUGCAGGUCCAGUCUUCCCUCAGAGAACAGCAGCAUGUCAGAGAAGAGGAGCAGGCUGAGACGGAACAUAAGGAGGCCCAGUUCAAGCUACAGUUGAGGAAACUAGAGGAGAACAUACAAGCCCUCAAAGAGGCCGAACUCCAUUUGGAAUCGGAGGCGGAGAGCUCACAUCAGCUGCUUAGCGAGGCCAAGCAGACCAUCCAAGUCCUGACGGAGCAGAUGAAAAGCCUGGAGCACAGCACCAGCGUUGCCAGGACCCCGGGAGAGAGACUGAGCCUGGGACUUGAAGACUCCAGUCAGCAGCUGCAGGACUGCUUUGCGAGGUUUCAGCGGGUGCUGGAUGUGCUAUCACAGGCGGAACUCGCACCCCUGGAGGACGCCACCGUGGUAGAAAACAAACUAUCCUUACUGGUGCUCCCCUAUGUUCCCAAACCCACGAAAAAGCGUUACGGCAGCGUGUACAGAUGCACAGCAGAGGUCAAGCUCGGACUGUUUGAAACAAAGAGUGUGUUGAGAGGCAUCGCUGAGGAUUACCGAUGUGGCUUCGAGGCCCUGGUGAAGCAGGACCUGGCUGUGUUUGAGGAGAGGAGACUCCAGGAUGUUCUGCUGUGCAGAGCCCAGGCUGCCUGCUACUCUGUGAGGGGUGGAGACCUCCAGCAGGGCUGGGAACAGAGACUUUCCAAGCUGAACCACAACAGAGGAGAUUACCUUCAGAAAAUGACCAGAGUUUUGGAGAAGCUUGAAAAGAACGUUGCUGCUUUCACGGGCGCCAUGACAGAGCAGCUCAGAACAUGGCAGCUGGCCACCCAGGCCCUGAGAGCCGUGUGUGAGAUCCAGCCAGCGGACCCAGCUGCUGUGGAGAGAUACCUGCAGAGAGAGCUGCCUCUCCGCUCCUCUGCUGCCCAGCACAGGAGGACGGCCCUCCAGGGACUGCAAGAUGAGCACCAGGAUCUGCGGGUGGAGCUGAAGCAGGCUGAAGAGAGAGCUGCUGUUCGGAUGAGAGAGGAGAGGAGCAAGACCUUCACUCUGCUGCAGGGGCUGGACAAGGCCCCCGUCCAGACUGAAGUAGAGCUCCUCAACACCAACCAGCGACUGGCCCAGCAGCUGGAGCAAGCCGAGACAGAAAUCCAGGUGAUGCAGCACAGGGUGGUUCAGCUGGGGGACGCUCAGAGGAAGGACGAGGACAGGGUCUCCGCACACCAACGGGCUUCCCAGAGGCUCCAGGCUCAGCUGCAGGACGCCUGCGCCCAGGUCCAGGAGAAGGAGGCCGCUAACCACACCCUCAGAGACAGACUGAGGAAGACCGAGGCUGAGGGAAUGCUGCCUCCCAGUGUCAUGGAGAUGAAGGCCAGAGUGGUGAAGAUGGAGGUUGAGAUGACGGCGUCGUCCACCAAACACCAAGACGAGAUCCUGAGGAUGACCACGAUGCUGAACCAUAAGGAGGAGGCCCUGAGGAAACUGAGAGAGACACUGAGGAAGACCCAGCAGGAAGACGAGCAGUCAUUUGUCAUGGAGGGAAAGGAACUUCACGCUCGACUGACCACCACCAGAGGGCGCACUCUCCAAAGCAGCGUUUCCCAGGAGAAGAGCAAGCUGGAGGAGGAAGUGGCUCAGCUACAGCAGAGGAUCAAGGACCUGGAGAGCUUGGUGUCCAGUCAACACACUGAAAUGUCUAAAUGGAAGGAUAGAGCCCUUAAACUGAAGGGGAGGAGGAGAGAGGUGUUUGACAAGUCUCCAAGCACUCCCACCAAGACACGUCUGCCUGCCAUGUCCGAGGGCCUGUUCCUCGGGUCGCCUAAGAGAGGCCAGGAUUCUACUAAACCCUCCAUCCUCGACUCUCCCAAAAGCAAGUUUUUUGAUGCUCGACCGGGUUCUGAGAUCAGUUUCAGCCAUCCCAACCAGUUCUUCGAUAACUCCCGCCUGGAGACCAUUCCAGAGAUUGCAUGCAUUCCUGUCAAAGCUGAUGUGGAUUAUGGAGAUGAAUAUGCAGAGCAGGCUGAAGAUAAAAAAGAAGAAUGGUGGCCGCUGUCACCUAAACAAGAAGAAACAUGCAAAACGCAAUAAAUUCUCGACCUUUUUAGAUACCUUUUAAAUUGUACACGUAUUUAGCAAAUCUUCUGUUAUUGUUCAACGUCCUAAUGUUGUGUUUUCAAUAAUAAAGAGUUUGUUUCAACUG